AUGAGUUUUCAUGAUGAAAUAGGAAAGGCGAAAGAAAACAGUAAUAUAAUGAUGUCUGAGAAGCAAUCAAGAGCUGCAGGUAACUUGAAAACAUUAUCUACAGUCGUUCUUGAUACAGUCAUUCGAGCUUACCUGCAUCUUGCUGCCUUACACCUAGCUCUAUACAUUUGCAUUGGAACUGCGUAUGUGUGCGUGCUAAUUGGUCGUCCCACUACUGCCAGGCUGUAUGCCCAGGUCUUCCCUGCCUUUCGUUCAGGGGCUAAAUAUCACAAAUUAAAAUAUGGCACAGAAUUGAAUCAGGGAGAUAUGAAGCCACCAAACUAUGAUUCUGAUGAAGGGAAUGAGACAGAGAUUCAGCCACAACAGAACAGUCAGCUAAUAUGGAAACAAGGACGACAGCUGCUAAGACAGUAUCUACAAGAAGUGGGCUACACCGACACAAUACUGGAUGUGAAGUCAAAACGAGUACGAGCUUUAUUGGGCCUCUCAAGUGAUGCUUCAGAGAAGGAAAACAGAAAUCAAGAGCCAAUGGUAAAUGGCACAGAGGGCCAGAUUAAAGAAAACACAAUGAUUGGGAAACCUGAAUUGACUGACUCUGCCUCUCUGCUAGAGACCUUCAAGUUUCUUGAAAAUGCAGCUGCAGACUUUAGUGAUGAAGAAGAUGAAGAAGAUAUUGAAGGAAGAGAGAAAACAAUCAUUGAUACCGCAACAAUUGUAAGGAAAAGAGUUCUGUCUGACAGCAGUGAAGACAGAGAUACAGAAGAAGCUUUGAAAGAGUUUGACUUUUUGGUUACCUCAGAUGAAGGUGAUGGGGAAUCGAGAAGUUCAGGAGAUGGAACAGACUGGG